GAAUGUCAACUUCAUAGAAAAGUAGAGUGUAAAGUAAAACAUGUUGAGCAUUUAUCACAAAUUCCUGUCUGUGUAAGGAUAAAAUACAUUGUCCUGACAAGUAAAUGAAAAAAGGUAUCUCUCAUGCUAGUAAAUUGCCAUUGUUGCAAAUAGAAUGAGGCCAAAUGAAAGGAAGACUUUGUUGGCGAUGAAGGAAAACAUUGAGAUGGAAUUGUUUUCUUCUGAAGAAUCCUGUGAGUUGCUUUCGGCGGGAGAGCUGAAGGAAGACAAUUACUUUUAUAAGAAGGACUUGGAGCAUCCUCUAGUUAUUUGUGAGGAAGAACCAACUCUGGAGAUGCAAGACACAUUGCAGAAGGUCAAACCCAACACAGUGACCCCUUCCAGGGUAAAUAAAAACGUUGACCACCGUCCCCCUCCUCCAGUGUUCAUGGAGGACAUAGAAAUAGAAAUGGAGGAGUUUCCUCUCCCUAUGACGUUUGAGGCUCGGCUUGUGGAUCUUACUACUCCGACAUUUCAUGAAGCUACCUCACACAAAGCAAGGCGAAUGAAAUGGAAGAGACUGACUCCACAGCAGACUGGGCUGGUGGUUAAAGACGUUCUCUGUUUACCAAGAGGCUACUACAAUGAAGAAAUCAUGAGAAACAUUGCACCACAAGGGGAAGAGCAAUCAGCUCUUUCAGCCUUGGGAAUGACCGCCAGGAUCACCAUUGAUCGGAAAUGGUCAGCCAAACAGAUGGAGAGCCGCUUGGUGGUGCUUUUCCAAGGGCGACUUGCAAAAGAGGAUGGACAAAAGUUUUCCUUCACAUAUUUACAGUGCAUACAGCAGGUUCUAUUCAUCCCAAUCACACCUGCGGAAGGUUGGACUGGAGAGCAGGUCCUCAGGAUCUCAGGACAGGGUUCCUUGUAUAUUCUCAGUCACCAUGACCACUUGCAGACAUCAAGUGAGACGGUUGUGGUUGACAGAGAAAGUAUAUGUCAGGAGAAAACGAGAGAGAGCUGCCGAGAGGGCGAUAAUCCACAUGACAGCCAGGACCAACCCCAAAUUUACCAGAGCACAGACGCUGCUGCUACUGGAUGCAUCGAUGUUACUGGUGGACCGUAUCCUGUCAAGAAUGUUAAAACUGUCCUUUGAAAUAUAUCCAAACAAUUUAGUAUUGACAAAUAUGAAGCACAAUUUAUGUUUUUGUAGUUUUUAGUGUUGUUAUUUGAAUGUUUGAAAUGUAAUUUAUGUGGACAAAUGCCAUCUGGGCUCUGCCAUUUUCCCAAGAAACCUUUUAAUGAUUUUUAUUUCUAUAUGACCCAUAGAUAGGAAUUGGGAAUUAUAGAUUAAAUAAUGUGAUUUUUUAUUAUUUUUUUAUGUUGAAUUGUUCUCAAAUGGAUUCUGAGCAAAGUGUUACAUUGAACUUGUUGAUAA